AGGCUAUUUCAGGUGUUCUUUGAGGUUAUCUGUCUCCAUGAAACUCGGGCUGGGUCAAGAAUAUCAUGGGCCUGCCACUUAAUGAUUUUCCAAGAGUAAUCUUUCAAAUUUAGGAUGAAAAUUUUUUGGUUUUUUUUUAAGGAAAGGUUUUUAAAUUUUUUUUCUGCCUUUUUGUAUUUUUAAGUAACAUUUCAAAAUGGUGUAUCAAAAGAAGAAUUGGACACAGCCAGUUGGACACCUUCUUGCUGGGCACCCCCUGCUGGCCUCUCUCCUCUCCUGCAAAGCCAACUCAACAAUCCCUAAAGCCUGCUGACACCCACAGAGAGCUUCUCAAGUGCACUCUGUAUUUGGGGUUAUUGUUUUGAGCAUGUUCAACCUUUCCUCACAUGUCACUGAACUCUGCUUGGGCUGGCCUUCAGGGCAUUGACCCUUGAGCAAAUAGAUAGUGUUCUCAAAAAAGCUUGAAUUCUGUUCAGUGCUUUACUAUGAUGAAAACUAAAGUUGGAAGAGGUUGUAAAACCUUUUGACUCUCCGCAGUGGAGUCCAUUGUUUCUUCAUUCUUCAAGUUCAUGUCCACAGGGCUGUUGGAGGACUGCAGUUACCAUGUCUGACUCAGUAAUCCUUCGCAGCAUAAAGAAGUUUGGAGAGGACAAUCAUGGUUUCGAGUCAGACAGAUCAUGUAACAAUGAUAAGAAAUCAAAGUUACAAAAUGAGAAGAAAGGUGGCAGCAGUCAAGUUGGCUUCUUUCAACUGUUUCGAUUUUCUUCAAAGACUGACAUUGGGCUGAUGUUUGUGGGAAGCUUCUGUGCAUGUCUCCAUGGAGUAGCCUAUCCCGGCGUGCUGAUCAUUUUUGGCACAAUGACAGAUGUUUUUAUUGACUAUGACACUGAAUUACAAGAACUCCAGAUCCCUGGAAAAGCAUGUGUGAACAACAUCAUAGUGUGGGCCAACAGCUCCCUCAACCAGAAUGUGACAAAUGGAACACGGUGUGGGUUUCUGGACAUCGAAAGUGAAAUGGUGAACUUUGCCAGUUACUAUGCUGGAAUUGCCGUCGCGGUACUUAUCACAGGAUAUUUUCAAAUAUGCUUUUGGGUAAUUGCUGCAGCUCGUCAGAUACAGAAAGUGAGAAAGUUUUACUUUCGGAGUAUAAUGAGAAUGGAAAUAGGAUGGUUCGACUGCAAUUCAGUGGGAGAGCUGAACACAAGAUUUUCUGAUGAUAUUAACAAAAUCAAUGAUGCCAUUGCCGACCAAAUGGCAAUUUUCAUUCAGCGCAUGACCACGAGCAUCUGUGGGUUCCUGCUGGGAUUUUACCAGGGCUGGAAACUGAGCUUGGUUAUUAUCUCAGUCAGCCCUCUCAUUGGGAUUGGAGCAGCCAUCAUUGGUCUGAGUGUCUCCAAGUUCACCGACUACGAGUUGAAGGCCUACGCCAAGGCAGGCUCAGUGGCUGAUGAAGUCAUUUCAUCCAUCCGAACAGUGGCUGCUUUUGGUGGGGAGAAAAGAGAGGUGGAAAGGUAUGAGAAAAAUCUUGUGUUCGCCCAGCGUUGGGGAAUUAGAAAAGGGAUAGUGAUGGGAUUCUUUACUGGAUUCAUGUGGUGUCUCAUCUUCUUGUGUUACGCACUGGCCUUCUGGUACGGCUCCAAACUCGUCCUGGAUGACGGAGAAUAUACAGCAGGGACCCUCGUCCAGAUUUUCCUCAGUGUCAUAGUAGGAGCUUUAAAUCUUGGCAAUGCAUCUUCCUGUUUGGAAGCCUUUGCUGCGGGGCGAGCAGCAGCCACCAGCAUUUUUGAGACAAUAGACCGGAAACCCCUCAUUGACUGCAUGUCAGAAGACGGUUACAAGUUGGAUCGAAUUAAGGGUGAAAUCGAAUUCCAUAAUGUGACCUUCCACUAUCCUUCCAGACCAGAGGUGAAGAUUUUAAGUAACCUCAGCAUGGUCGUUAAAUCAGGGGAAAUGACCGCUCUGGUAGGAUCCAGUGGAGCUGGGAAAAGCACAGCACUGCAGCUCAUUCAGCGAUUCUACGACCCCAGUGAAGGCAUGCAAUUCGACACUCUUGUUGGAGAAGGAGGAGGCCAGAUGAGUGGCGGCCAGAAGCAAAGAAUAGCCAUUGCUAGAGCCCUCGUCCGAAACCCAAAGAUCCUGCUUUUGGACAUGGCCACCUCGGCGCUGGACAAUGAGAGCGAAGCCGUGGUGCAAGAAGCGCUGAGUGAGAUUCAGCACGGGCAUACAAUCAUUUCUGUUGCUCAUCGCCUCUCCACGGUUAGAGCUGCAGACAUCAUUAUUGGUUUUGAACACGGUACAGCAGUGGAAAGAGGAACCCACGAAGAACUGUUAGAAAGGAAAGGCGUUUACUUCACUCUUAUGACUUUGCAAAGUCAAGAAGAUCAAGACUUUAAUGAAAAAGACAUAACGGGAAAAGAUGAAACUGAAGAUGCCUUACUUGAGAGAAAACAGACCUUUAGCAGAGGGAGCUACCAGGCUAGCCUAAGAGCUUCCAUCCGGCAACGCUCCAAGUCUCAGCUUUCUUACCUGGGACAUGAACCUCCGUUAGGCGUUGUAGAUCAUAAGUCUACUUAUGAAGAAGACAAAAAGGACAAGAACAUUCCUGUGGAAGAAGACAUUGAGCCUGCUCCAGUUAGGAGGAUUCUGAAAAUCAAUGCUCCGGAAUGGCCCUACAUGCUGGUAGGGUCGGUGGGUGCCGCUGUCAACGGGACGGUCACACCUUUCUAUGCCUUUUUAUUUAGCCAGAUUCUUGGGACUUUUUCAAUUCCUGACAAAGAAGAACAGAGGUCCCAGAUCUAUGGUGUGUGCCUGCUCUUUGUAGCAAUAGGCUGUGUAUCUCUUUGCACUCAGUUUCUACAGGGAUAUGCUUUUGCUAAAUCUGGGGAACUCCUCACGAAAAGGCUACGUAAACUGGGUUUCAGAGCAAUGUUAGGGCAAGACAUUGGCUGGUUUGAUGACCUCAGAAAUAGCCCUGGAGCGCUGACAACAAGGCUUGCUACAGAUGCUUCCCAAGUUCAAGGGGCUACCGGCUCUCAAAUCGGGAUGAUGGUGAAUUCUUUCACUAACAUCACUGUGGCCAUGAUCAUUGCCUUCUUCUUUAGCUGGAAGCUAAGCCUGGUCAUAGUGUGCUUCUUCCCCUUCUUGGCUUUAUCGGGAGCUGUACAGACCAGAAUGCUGAUGGGAUUUGCCACUCAUGACAAGGAGGCUCUAGAGGUCGCAGGACAGAUUACAAAUGAAGCUCUCAGUAAUAUCCGCACUGUUGCUGGGGUUGGAAAGGAGAAGCAGUUUAUUGAAGCAUUUGAGACUGAGCUGGAGAAGCCAUACAAGACCGCCAUCCGGAAAGCAAACGUUUAUGGGAUCUGCUUUGGUUUUUCCCAGUGCAUAGUAUUUGUCGCUAAUUCUGCUUCCUACAGAUAUGGAGGCUACUUAAUCCCCAAUGAGGGGCUCCAUUUCAGCUAUGUGUUCAGGGUGAUCUCUUCAGUUGUACUGAGUGCAACAGCUCUUGGAAGAGCCUCCUCUUAUACCCCGAGUUAUGCCAAAGCUAAAAUCUCAGCUGCACGCUUUUUUCAACUGCUGGACAGACGACCCACAAUCAAGGUAUACAGUAGUGCUGGUGAAAAAUGGGACAACUUCCAGGGGCAGAUUGACUUUGUUGACUGUAAAUUUACAUAUCCUUCCCGACCUGAUGUCCAAGUUCUGAAUGGUCUGUCAGUGUCUGUUAGUCCAGGGCAAACGCUGGCAUUUGUUGGAAGCAGUGGAUGUGGCAAAAGCACCAGUAUUCAGCUGCUGGAACGUUUCUAUGAUCCUGACCAAGGGAAGGUGAUGAUAGACGGACAUGACAGCAAAAACGUAAACGUCCAGUUUCUCCGCUCAAACAUUGGAAUUGUUUCCCAGGAACCAGUGUUGUUUGCCUGUAGCAUAAUGGACAAUAUCAAAUACGGGGACACCACCAGAGAAAUCCCUGUGGAGAAAGUCAUAGAGGCCGCAAAGCAGGCUCAGCUGCACGACUUUGUCAUGUCACUCCCAGAGAAAUACGAAACUAAUGUUGGGUCCCAGGGGUCUCAGCUCUCUCGAGGGGAGAAACAACGCAUUGCUAUCGCUCGAGCCAUUGUGCGAGAUCCUAAAAUCUUGCUACUAGAUGAAGCUACUUCUGCCUUAGACACAGAAAGUGAAAAGACGGUGCAGGUCGCCCUGGACAAAGCCAGAGAAGGUCGGACCUGCAUUGUCAUUGCCCAUCGUUUGUCCACCAUCCAGAACUCGGAUAUCAUUGCUGUCAUGUCGCAGGGGAGAGUGAUUGAAAAGGGGACCCAUGAGGAACUGAUGGCCCAGAAGGGAGCCUACUACAAACUAGUCACCACAGGAGCCCCCAUCAGUUGACCUGACUUGACAGCUUCAUGCAGAGAUGAUGCACCAAUUACAGGAGUGUCAUGCUUCUUUUUUUUCCCUUUAAGGAGAAGUAAUGAUAUUUCACUUUUACAGACGCUGUCAUACAUUGGUAUGUGAGCUAAUUUGUAAUGACGUUCAAUAAUAAUUCAGUUUUAAAUGUUUGUCUAUAGCAAAUGACAGCAAAUUUUCAAUGUCAGUGAAAAUCCAGUGUCAUGCAGCUGCUCAGCCAUCACCCAGUGUUUUCUUCACUCAGAAGGAGCCGGUCCCAAUUACCAGGUGGGAAUUAGCAGGAAGGCAUGGACUGAAUGAGACUUUGAAUUCCUCAGGGUCAAAGGACCAUCUUUUGCAUUUUGAACCCUCAGUGUACACAGAGCCUGAUCUAGAAUUGGCACUCAGUGAAUGUUUUCUGAGCUGGAUCAAGGUCAUAUGCAUUCAAAUGCUCUACCACUGAGCUGUACCCCCAGCUGCUGGAUCAAGGUCAUAUGGAGAAGAAUAGAAGACCUGAGGACCAACUGGGUUUCUUGACUAAAGUCUUCUUGUAUGUUAAAGCAGAUUCAUUCAUCUCUAAGGAUGAGAAUGAGGAAAGGAGGACUUCAAUACUCUAGACACUCUCAGGCUGAGAGAGGCAGAAAAAGGCAAGUUUUAGCAGGGGCUUCCCAGGUAGGGAUGUUGAUUUAUAGAUUCAAGGUGUGGUACAUGGAUGGUGAAGUCACCAUUUAUUACCCUAGAAUCUACCAGUGUGACUGGAGCAGGGGGCUGUACCCCCAGCCUUGUCCUCUACACGCCCGUCCACAUUGAUUGCUGUCCUUUGUUUCUCCAAAUAACAGUGGAUUUUAUCUUGUUGUAGCUUCACAUGGUGUUAUACAAAGACACCAGAAAAACGCUGAUGUUCACUUUAUCCUUACUCCCUAAAACACGAUGAAAUGACAUUAAAAGAGUUAUAGAAGACAUAAAGUUACAAAAAUAAAGAAGACAAAAUAAUGACAGCAACAUAACUUUUGCAGCCAGGAAGCAAAUGGACAACUGAUAAUGGGUUAGAAGAGGAAAGGGUUAGAAGGGGAAGCCUAGGAAAAUCUGUUUUGUACCACAGACCCCAGAAAGACUCAGGUGUAAAGACACUGGAUCCUUCUGGUGGAGAGCAGGGAGGGCAGAAGAUGGGGUUGAAAUCCUGUAUAGAAACAAAAGUGCAUACUCCUCUCUUGUAGUAGGAGGGCCACCCUUUCCCAAUCUGAUGGCCACUCUUUCACAGUCCCAGCAGAAGACUGGCUAUUCCCUCUCUGGGGAACUGACCCAAGUUACAGUUGUAGGGGCAGCUAACAUACAAGAGAUGGGGAUUGUAUGUAAAGCUAAAGGUGAACAGAGAAAUUCCAGCUCCCUCCUUCUCUAGCAGGAGAUUGAAGGAUUACUCUCUGGGAAAACUGGCCAAUCAGAAGAAAGAGAUCCAUGAGCCCAAUGCUAGGGAUCCCCAAAGAAACUCCCCAGCCAGAUCACCCUACUGUGAAGCCCACCUGCCAACAACAUGCACCCACUCACUCAGAGCUGCCAUUGGCUUUUCAGUACCUCAUUCUUACCUAGGAGCUGACUGCCAAGGAUCACCAGACACUGAAAAUAGUUCAACAUAAAAAGCAAAACGACAACAAUAGAACACAGAGGAAAAGGAAUAUGAGAGGUAACAGAGCCAACACAAAAAUUAGGAAAACAUUCAAAGAGUGCUAAUACAUUUGCUCGGUGAGAUGAGAAGAUACUCCCAUCCAAUUUAAAAAGAAACAAGAGGCCAUAAAAAUGAACAUACUGAAAGAAAAAACACCCUACAAAAAGAGCUCUUGACAGCAGAAAUAAAAAAUUCAGUAGCGGGACUGAAAGUUCCUUUUAAGUGGUCCUGCCAUCAAGAUAUCUCCCUAGUCCAUCUCCUUUCCAAGCCCUUUCAAUUGUCAAGUGUUCUCUUUCUAUGGCCAACAAAUGAAAUUCUGCCUGGAAAUAAGCCUGAGCUGCUGUGUAUUGAGGUAUAUAGUUUGUGUCUCAGGUCCAGUGUUUCCUGGUAUAACCAUACAGGUGGUUUAGUAAGUUAACUAGUUAGGUCAGAAGAAUUGAUGGUUGCCAAGUCAGGGAGGGAGAGGGUGGAGGACAGCAUUCUAGUUAAGUUAUGACAAAUGGCAGUGACAAGAAAGUUGCAGAAUAAAGAUGCCUGUGAGAAGCAAUUAAGCAUGUACUCAUCCGACCUUAUUGAAGAAAGAAGACCAAAAUCCAUUUGUUUAAAUUUGCAUUUCAAAGAGGAAGAACAUAAUCUCUGUGCUGGGAGGCUGCCUGCUUCUCGGAAUAGAAUGUGUCUGGUGAGAAAACUGAACAAUUAAGGAUUAUUUUUCAAGUAAGAUAUUUGAAAGUUAUUGACAAGAGGGAUAAUGUUGACUGAAGAGGACUUGAUUUGGGAAAACAAUUGAGUUUUGAGGCUCAGUGACAAGGGAAAGAAUUACAACUUCAGAAAUUCAAAAAUAAAGUUGCAAGUUUAUUUUACAACA